AUGAAUGGCGAGAUCGCCGCGAACCAACGGUUGGCUGCUCCGGCCUCCCGAAAGAAUGACUCCGCGCGACUGGGCGCUGCGCUUGCAUUUCAACAAUCCCGACCUGCAUCAAAUGUGAAUCCCCAGUCAUCCGCGGCAGCAGCAGCCGUCGUGGCCAGUCGCAUGAGCCGGCAUGCUCAGACGCGUCCGACCAUGGAUUCCGAACCUGGCCCUGAAGUCGGCUCCGUGAAGGACAAAAUAGGGCGCUUCGCGGGCAGCUCACUUGCCCCUCCGACCAGCUCAUUAAGUACAGGUCGACCACGAACACCAUCAACAUCCAACUCGUCCACCUCAAAGUCCCCCGCCCGAUCCCCAGCGCCCGAGCAGGUGGCAGCUCGCCUUGCUGCUGAAAGAUCCCCGGCACGAAAACAGGAACCAGCGAUCGAUGCCGCUAGGCUCGGCGCCAUGCGCAGCGCGAGUCGAAUGCAGUCCCAAUCGCGACCAAGGAGCAACCAGCAAGUGAUGUCCUCUCCAAUUCCAGUCCGACCCAGAACUACCGUUCAGACUCCGGUGGAUCGAAUGCUGUCGGAUAACAUCUCAAUCCUCGAUCAAGAACCCAUCUACAGUCGAUCCCCGUCGAUUCGUAGCCGAGCCACGAGUCCUCAGCCCUCCAUCGGCUCCGGCAUAUCCAUAAUACAACCAGAGGAAGUGAAACCUAGAGUUCCUGCACUGCCUCCACGGACUACGGCCUCUUCCCGCGAUUCAGUACGAGAACCUAUACCAGCGCCCGCCUCGUUGCGUGCAACACCAAGCAUGGCAUCGAUAUCAGGCCAGUCGUACCAUAGCAGCUCUAGUGCACUGGACGAACCAAAUGGGAUGGACGAAGAAGCUCUCUCCAAUGCUAUUGUUGCUUCCUCACUUGCAUCCGCGCGGGCAUCACCUAUGCCGAACGCCCCUCCCCCACUUCCACGCCGGCGACGCGCUCGCUCGCUUCUACAAAUAGCACAUUCACCAAGAACCGAUUUAUCACGAACUCCGAGCCCCCCGAAAGGCAUGCCUAUGACACUCCGCGGGUUGCCGAAGGACUAUCCUACCGACCAAAGUCGACGACAUAAAAUGAAUUUACUUCACAAACACCCACAUAAACAUCACGAAGGAGAUCGAAAACGAUGGCGACAAGAGAUGGGCGAAAAAGAGCGAAAACGCUAUGAAGGUGUUUGGGCCUCCAACAAGGGGCUGUUCAUCCCGCCAGGCUUGAACAAAUCUGGGGAGACUAAGUGGCCUCCACCUUCAGAAAUGGUGUUAAACCUUGUGGUACGGGAGAUCUGGUCCCGCAGCCGCCUGCCACCCGCUGCGCUGGAACAGGUGUGGGACCUCGUGGAUCAUCAGCAUAUUGGGCUUUUAACCAAGGAUGAAUUCGUGGUUGGAAUGUGGUUGAUCGACCAGCAGCUGAAGGGCCACAAACUACCAGUCAGUGUUCCAGAGAGUGUCUGGGACAGCGUGCGGUAUGUGACAGGCAUUAAGCUUUCUUCCGUUGGGAAGGGCUAG